AUGGACCACACAGUACGACUAAAAUAAGUAUUGAAGUGACAACUCAAAGCUGUAAUUUAAUAACAGUAAAGCAAAGGCUUUAAAAGCAUGUUGCGCUUCAUAGCCGCUUCGGUGUUGAUUUGCGCCGUUUACCAUGUGGCAACCACAAGUGCUGCACCGCAUCCACCGACAACAGCAGCACCGCUGGUGGCCAAUCAGGCAGCCUACGACACGAAAUUCGAUAAUAUCGAUCUGGAUGAGGUUUUGAACCAAGAGCGUCUGCUGCGCAACUACAUUAAGUGCUUGGAGAAUACAGGUCCUUGCACGCCCGAUUCCAAAAUGUUGAAAGGUUUCGCCAAUUUCAGAGAUACUCCCCGACGCUAUUUCAACCGAUUGCGCCAAAUGCUCGGAGAAGCAGAGGCUUGGCUCAGCGAAGGUGACGCACUUUUUGAUCGACAACCGCCCGGAGGAUUGGGCACGUUUGGAGCAGAUAUACGAUCCGUCAGGCAAUUACCGUUUGAACUAUUUGGCGAAGGACAAAGGCGAUGGCGUGGAGAAAACUACGGAAGCAGCUACUAAGACACAAGCCUGAACCAUUAUGCUAUGUCAACUGUACGCGAACAUGAACCGUUAUAGUACUCAAUUGAACAGCGUUGUAUUUGACAUAACUUACACUGAAUAGCUCAAUAUUAAAAAGAACAUGUAGUUAGUUUUAGAUUUGCAUUCCAAAAAGUACAAAAAAAUAUAAAAAGCAAAACAAAAAUUCCACAAAAAAUUCUAAGGAAAUAAAUGUUGCACAAAUGAGUGAUGAGCAUGGUUACCAACUAUCUUCAAAGAGAG